UGCUCUUUUUGGGGUCCACACAAGGAAACAUUACAUCAUAAUGGAAAACAAUAGUGUAAUAAAAUCAAAGGCAAAAGAGAGCAAACAAACAAACAAACAAACAAACAUUUAUGACUCAUGACAAUAAAGGGGGUCCGUGGUAUUUCAGAGCCUGUAGCUUAAAUUAACCCGAUCAAUCAACUCGAACCACAAGCCCCACAAUCCCCGCCCCCCUUUGCGCCUGCGCAGAGCAGCGUAGGGAGCUGUCCGUGUCAGUCGGUGCUGGAUUGUUUUCAUUGAAGCUGCUUCUCUCCCCGGUGCACCGAAACCGAAGGGAGCGAUGGAGGAAGAGUUAAAAUGUCCCGUUUGCGGUUCUCUCUUCAAGGACCCCAUCCUGCUGCCGUGCUCCCACAAUGUCUGCCUGGCGUGCGCUCGGAACAUCACCGUGCAGACCCCGGAGGGGGAGACCCCGGUGCAGAGCCGAGCUUCGGGCAGCUCUGACUACGACUACCUGGACAUGGACAAGAUGAGCCUGUACAGCGAGACGGACAGCGGAUACGGCUCCUACACGCCGUGCCAACUCAAGUCUCCAAACGGGGUGCGGGUGUUUCCUCCGGCCAUCGCCCACCGACACUGCUCCCUCACCUGUCCGCUGUGCCACCGGAGCGUCUCCUUGGAUGAGCGGGGUCUCCGGGGUUUCCCUCGGAACCGGCUGCUGGAGGCCAUCGUGGCGCGGUACCAGCAGAACCGCGCCACCUCCGCCUCCUCCUCUUCAUCUUCCUCCACCGCGGUGAAGUGCCAGCUGUGCGACCGCAACCCGGUGGACGCGGCGGUGAUGUGCGAGCAGUGCGACGUCUUCUACUGUAACGCCUGCCAGCAGCGGUGCCACCCGUCCCGCGGUCCGCUGGCCAAGCACCGCCUGGUGCCGCCGCCGAACCAAGCGGCAGGAGGGGCGGCUGGCGGAGGAGGGAGCGGCGGCGGUCAGCAGCCGCCCGCUACCGCGCGGAAACCCGCGACCUGCGUGGAUCACGAAGCGGAAAACUUCAACAUGUACUGCUGCAGCUGCAAGGCUCCGGUAUGCAUGAAGUGUCUGGAGGAGGGAAAACACGCAAAGCACGAUGUCAAACCGCUGGCUGUGAUGUGGAAACAACACAAAUGCCAGAUCUCUCAGGCCCUCAACGGUGUCUCUGACAAAGCUAAAGAUGCCAAGGAGUUCCUGGUUCAACUCAAGAACAUGCUUCAGCAGAUACAGGAGAACGGUGUGGAGUUCGAAGCUUGCCUCGUGGCUCAGUGUGACUCUCUGAUUGAGGCGCUGACCAGACAGAAAGCCAAACUGCUCACCAAAGUCACCAAGGAGAAGGAGUACAAACUAAAGGUGGUGCGCGACCAGAUCACCCACUGCACCAUGAAGCUACGUCAGACCACCGGCAUGAUGGAGUACUGUCUGGAGGUCCUCAAGGAGAACGAUCCCAGCGGCUUCCUCCAGAUCUCAGAUGCUCUGAUCAAGCGGGUGACGUCAUCUCAGGACCAGUGGGUAAAAGGGGCCCUGGAGCCAAAGGUUGGCCCUGAGUUCGACCUCACCCUCAACACCGACUCACUGCUCCAGACCAUCCUGCAGCUGGAUUUCUGCCAGGGCAAAGAUGUGCAGGAGAAUCCGUUAUUGAAACAAAUGCAGGCAGCAGGCAGUGGUGAGACUGAGAUGGAGACAGAGAGACCAGGAGUGGAGUCUGGACCCUCUGUGCCUGCGGCUCCGCUCCUGCAGUUGGAGAAAUGUUGCACCAGGAACAACAGCGCCACCCUGGCUUGGAGGGUUGUUGCGCCCCAAAUCAACCCCAUCGAGGGAUACAUCCUGGAGCUGGACGAUGGCAACGGAGGACAGUACAGGGAAGUUUAUGUGGGGAAGGAGACAGUGUGUACGGUGGACGGCCUCCAUUUUAACAGCUCUUAUAAUGCCAGAGUGAAAGCCUACAAUGCCAUCGGUGUUGGGCCGUACAGCAAGACGGUAGUGCUCAAGACCUCUGAUGUGGCUUGGUUCACCUUUGACCCCACCUCAGCUCACCGGGACAUUGUUCUGACCAAUGAAAACCAGACAGUCUCCUGUAACAGCUAUGAUGACCGUGUGGUGCUGGGAACCGCUGCUUUCUCUAAGGGCAUCCACUACUGGGAGGUCAGCAUCGAUCGCUAUGACAACCACCCGGACCCUGCGUUUGGCAUAGCGAGGAUCAACACCAUGAAAGACAUGAUGUUGGGGAAAGAUGACAAGGCCUGGGCCAUGUAUGUAGACAACAACCGCUCCUGGUUCAUGCACAACAACUCCCACACCAACAGGGCGGAGGGAGGCAUCAGUAAAGGCUCAACUGUGGGCGUCCUGCUGGAUCUGACCAAACACACACUGACUUUCUUCAUCAACAAGGAACAGCAUGGACCAACUGCCUUUGAGAACCUGGACGGGGUCUUCAUGCCCGCAGUCAGCCUCAAUAGAAACGUACAGGUGACCUUACUGACGGGCCUGGAGGUGCCAAAGAAUAUCAAACAGUAGGAGCUCCUUCCUCCGUCUGAGCGUGCCCUGGAUACAAACCAACAACGUCAUAUGCAGCAUCACUUCACUCCCACAUGGAUCUUUUUAAAUCCUGCCAGAUGGGAUUUAGCCCUCUCCCACCCUUCUCAAGGUGCCCUUUGUCUUGGAUACACUUCAGGGUGAAAUCCUGCUCCAUAAUUUGUGAUGAAGGAUUAAAUCUGAGUUAUUAUUGGCUAUAAAUACAUUGAUUGAAGCUUGUGGAUGUCACUACAGAGUUACUGUGGAUCGCCAUACUUUUUUCAUAUCCCGGUCUUUGCCCUGUGAACUCCAGAAUAAUAACAGCACUCAUGUUAUUAUUCCAGCUUGUGCCAUUCCAAAAAAAAAAAAAAAGUCACUGAAAGAACAAUAUGGCCUGAAAUGUCUCCUAGAGGCCUGUGAUCAAACGAAUCAAUCCUCACACUUUGACAGAAUCAACAGUGAAGACUCUCACACUGUGCAGUGAAAUAAUAUUGUGCUAGCAGUUAUUUUUGCUUUUUAUUGUGCUAACUGGUAUCUGAUCUGUUUACUGAUUUACUGAUAUACAAUCAGAAAACAACACCAUAGUCAUCAUUAGUUAUCAAUAGCAGUUCAUAGCAGCAAGGUGCUUUCAGAAGGCGGGAAAAAAAAACGAGGGAGAAAUGAUUCAGUGAUGCUCAUUGUUGCUCUGCUUCUCUCUCAGGUGUGUUUACAGAUUAAACCAGAUGAAAACAGUUUUUUUUAGGAGUUCAAAUGGCACCACGGGUUGUUUCACUCAUGAAAUAUUCAAAAGCUAAACUUUUAUCUCAGUUGCAGCUCCGACAACACCGCCGCCUUCUCUGUUUUCUGUUUUUCCCCUCUCAGUUCGUAUUUAAUGGAGAACUGACUUCCUGUCUGUGGGUAGGAAUAUCUGAGAUCUCUGUGUCAUGCAAAGUGGCGUAAAGAUUGUUUGGUGCUGUUGUCAAAGAGGUUUACACACUGAGGUCAAGCUGGGAGAGUUCCAUUUCAUUGUUCAGUGAUGUGAUAGAUCUACAGAGCCUGGAAGAGAAGGGGGGGAUGUUUUAUCCUGCAACACAAAGUGCUGAAUUCAUUUAGUUGCAGCUGCUUAGCUUAGCUUAGCAUAAAGACUUGAAACGGGGAAAAAUCUUUGUUUUUGUACUGAUUAAAGAGACGAGACAUAACUUGAUAAUCAGUUAACUUUGGAGGUGCUGGUUGGUGGAUUUUGUUACUUUUACUCAGAGCCAGGCUAGCUGUUUCCCCCUGCUUCCAGUCUUUAUGCUAAGCUAAGCUAAUCUGCUGCUGGAUGUAGCAUUACAUUUGAUGGACAAAUAAAUGAGUGGUAUCAAUCUUCUCAUCAAACUCUUGGCAGAAAGCGGAGAACACAUUUUCCAAGAUAUCAAACUACUUUUGAAAGCAUUGAAACAUGCUGCUACAUUUCCUUACAACUGUAAACAUAGUGUUUUGCUUUGGAUUAUUAUCAUUCAGUGUUAUUUAAAGCUGCAUAGAAGUAGGCCGUAAAAUAAGCCCAGGAAAUAACUUCAUAUGAAGUUGCAGACAGUGGACUUAACUAUUAACUGAUACAAAUCCAAUUUCUAGUCUUUAGCGCCACUCCAGGCUUGUUGGGUCCUUUAGCUUGUAUUAUUGUAACUUUUACUACCACCAAUAAUAAUAUGCCGUACAUGCAAGCAACUAACAUCUUAAUAGAAGUGAUUGAAAUCAGUUUGAGACAUCCUGCAGGAGUUAAAUUGACAUUUAACCCUUAAUAUUCAGGUUUCCCCUUUAAAUAGCUGUAGGGUCAUUUAAAGCCUCUUAUCCCACAUUUACUGAGAGAUUUAUAUUCUGCUUCAUCUUAUUACAGCUCUUCAGCUUUAUUCAAACUCAAGAAUCCUGUCAUUAAAUCAAAUAGAUAUAUUCUAGAUGUCUUGUGCAUCGUUUUAUACAUAUUUCCUCAUUUCAACUUAUCAGACAUAUUUGGCAUCUUCGCUAACUUUUGGAUCUUCACUAGAAUUUUAAAAACUAUUCUGUGGGUUUGAAUAAUGUUUUGCAGCACAGCAGGAGUUUGUAAUGAGUGACCAACCGGUGUUUCAAUGAGGUUUAAGAGGUUUAAAUGUGUGUAUUAAUCAAGGUGAGGUAACAAGUUGAAUCAGCCUCUCCCAUGCUCUGUACACAUCAGGAUGAACGUCAAAACAUGCUAAAAUGAAAUGGAACUGAGCCUAACCUUGCUUUAAAAAAAAGAAGUGUGGUUUUCUCUUAGUAAUUUUAUCGUGUGCUCAUCUUUCAGUCUCUCUGUAGAAUCUCACACGACCAGGUACCUUUAAUGAUCUUGAAAAGUCACAUCAGGUAAAGCUACAUUUGCAGACGUCUCGUCAGGCGGCUGGAUACGGCAGCCUGUAGAGGACAGUAGCUUCAAAAUUCAACCAGACCACUGUGACACAGGAUAUAAGAUAAUAUCGUUUAAACAUGCGUCACCCGUGUAUAUUUUAUCAUGUCACUCAGCUCGAUGCAGCAGAGAAUGCAGAAGUUUGUUUUUAAAUGAAUUUAAACUUAUUUAAUCUUUAUUACGAUAUUGAAAUAUUUCUAUUAUCUAUAACGUUCUGAGUGUGAGAGAGAAGUAAUUAGAAGUGUAGACAGCAGACCUGCCAUACAGAUGUUGGGGUCAUAUGUGUGUGUGUAUGGGAAUCCACAAACUGUAAAUACUGAUAUGUGAUUAUGACGUGUGAUAUUAAGCAUGGAUUACGCAUCAAACAAGUUUACAAAAUAUCUGAAGCUGUAUUGUAAAUAGUGAACUGUAUUAUUGUUAUUGCAAAGAGUGAUGUUAAAGCCAACCGCUACGACAGCUCGCCCUCUGCUGUUGGAUGGAGGUACAACAGGAUUGAUGCAUUUCUAAACUAAUCCUGUUGUUACAUAUGGGUCAACUGUGUGUUCAUACCUUUAACUGCUGACUUUAAAAAAAAAAAAAUGUCAGCAAGCAUUUUGUCUCAUCUAUCGCAUGAUAUUCCAACAUUCAAUCAGGGACAUAAAACAGUCAUUUCUUUUCUGUUUUACAUGUUUUUAUAUAUGUUGACAAAUUCUUAUGAUCGCAGGAAGCACUUAUAUCCUCCUUACCACACCCUUAUUAUUCUCAUUUUCAGUUCAACACAAACUUUAAAUAUACCAGGUGAAGCAGGUAUUUCUUACUAAAAUUAGAAAGCUCUAUUUUCAAUAAUAUAACAGAAAUAUUAUACAUUCAUUUGUACUUAUUUUAAAAUUAUUUACUUAACUGUAGAGGACUAGAGUAGUAUAAUAUCUUUUAAUUAUGUUUUGUUCUGCUUCCUGAAUUUGGGUUCUUUCUUUACUGAAUGAAGAAAUUCUACUGGAGAAUGAUGAUUGAACCUUUCUGGGAGCUGGAGACGGGAUUAUAUAUUUAUUUUUGAAUCAAAGCUGUUAUCAAGAAUGUCAAAUCCAUGACAUUUAAGUCCUAGGAUAGCAAAACAGAUGGUGUUUUACGCUACAGUGCAAGUCUGCAACAAGCCUGACCAGUUUAACUGGCUCUCUGCAAUGAAUGCUGCAUUCAGAUUAUGUGGGGAAGCUUGUCUGAAGUCAUGAAGAAGCUGAGGUUUUCUGCAGAGUUUGGUUUAGACAUUUUUCACAUAAGAUAUUUUGACAUUUCACAGUAGGAAAAGGAUGCUGUCAUUAAUUACUGAGACACCUGAAUAGAACAGGAGUCAUUGCUAAUGUUAAUAGUAACACCUGUGCUUUUCCUACUAUGACAAGUCAAAAUGUCUGCUGGGAAAAAUUGACACCAAUGAAAGUAUUUCAUUACUGUGCAAACUUAAGAUCAAGAAAAUAAAACCCAUAAUAAAUAAUUUUAUUAAAGUUGAAAUCUUAAUUUGAAAUUUAAUUGGCAUGCAGCCAUAUAUGGUCUACCAGCUGUGUAACAUCCUCUAUGCUUGACUACAGGCAGGAGGUUGAACUACUGAAGACAAACAGUAUAUUCUAGUGGUAUAUAUGAACCCGUUGACCUAAGCAGUGCUUUCCAGUAGUAUAUUUACAACCUUUCCCCUUGUGACAUGAAUGCAGCAUUAGUGUAAACGUCAGGAUUUGAACCAGUCCUUCCCCUCCAACCCCCGACCCAGAAACCAAACAUCUAACUAUCUGCCACAGGGGACUUUGUGACGUGCCCCAGACUGCCAGCUACUACCUAAGGGCUACGUUGCAUCAUGUGAAGCUUUACUUGCUGCUCGGUCUCUUCUAACCUCCCACACCAGAGGAGAAACGUGCCCCAAGGUAGACUUUGUUGUAACCCGGGAAUAGAUUUAGCGCCCACGAGCAACGUGAGACAUCUAUCACGUUCUUCUGAAAGUCUGGAUGAUUUGGGGGGGUGAGAGGGGGGGGGUUGCAUGUCUCUGGGCAGUUCUGAUAUCAAAGUGGCACAGAGGAAAUCUUGACUGGAGGGAAUAUAAGCUACUACCAAAAAGCUUAGGAUUCAAAGUGUUUCAGAGGUUUGGGAAGCCAGAGAGUAUAUCAGGUAAAAUGGGGUCAGUCCAUUUCCUUCAAACCAAUACUUUAUGUGGCAGAUUCAGACCAUAAUAUCACAUAUUUAGAAUGAUUCACAUUGUAGUCACUCCUGUCUAGAUGUGGUAUUGUAAGAGUGCUUGUAUGGCAUGUCCCUUUACCCCACACUUACCCACCCAUGAAUGUGAGAUAUUUUACUAAUUUAACUUCAAGAUAUGGUGCUGGGAAAAAAGCAUGUCAAUGCAGUUAGUUAUCUUAAAAAAACAGCACAGGAAAAAAGUCAUUUAUUUACUGUAUUAAGUAUGUAAAUAUAUUUAAUUAUAUAUUUAUUUUCUUUUGUCUAUCACCCUCUUUGUUUUGUUCCGUAUAAAAGUUGAAUGGCUACUGAUUAUAUAUACCGUCUAUGGUUGAUUGAAAGAGGUUAAAAAAAAAGGCUUGCCGGCUACAAAGUCUCAACGUGACACGGAUGUGCUUACAGCUUGAAACAUGUGCGAUGUGCUGCAGAUAUUUCCUCAUGCUCUUUCUUUUUUUUUUUU